AUGGCUGCAUCACUUCGAAGACGCCGUGGGGCUUCCGACGACGACGCCGCGCCGUCCAACCCCGCCGAGGACUCCGCGGGGAAGUCUCGGGAUCCUGAAUUGUUCCGGAACCGGCUCCCUCGCGUGACCUUCGCCAACGCCUUCUCCAUCCUCGUCAUCGCGCGCCUUAUCAGCGCGUUGUUCAACAUCGUCCACGAUUGCGACGAGACGUUCAACUUCUGGGAGCCGCUCCACUACCUGGUGCACGGCACGGGCCUGCAGACGUGGGAGCACUCGCCGGAGUUCGCGCUCCGAUCGUACCUCUACCUCGGAUUGCAUUACGCGGUCGCCAAGCCAUCCGCGGUGCUGGCGUCCGCGCUAUCCCUCCCGCGGGUCUACGCCUUCCACGCCGUGCGUAUCGCACUCGGCGUCGUCUCCGCGCACGCCGAGGCGUGGCUAUGCGCGGAGGUGGCCAAGAUCGACAUGAACGCGUCGAGGAUCCUGGUGAUGACAUCCGCCUUCUCAGCCGGAAUGUUCGCGGCUGCCACGGCGUUUCUCCCUUCGUCGUUCGCCAUGUACUGCGUCACCUGCGCGGCUGCGGCGUCGCUCGCGGGUAAACACGCGGUGGCGUGCGCCGCGUGCGUGGCGGCGGUGACCAUCGGAUGGCCGUUCGCGGGUAUCUGCGCGAUCCCUUACGGCGUCGAGUGCCUGCGAACGAGAGGGUGGAUCAAGACGGCUCUCUACGUGUUGGCGCCCUUGGCGACGAUAACCGCGGUGUCCGCGGCGAUCGACUCCGAGAUGUACGGCCGCACCACGUGGAGCAUACUGAAUAUCCUGCGGUACAACGUCGCGGGCGGGGGCAGCGAGCUGUACGGAACCGAGGGGCCGGGAUACUACCUCCGCAACCUCCUGCUCAACCACUCGCUCGCGACGCCCGUAUCGCUGUGCUUUCCCUUUGUCGCCCUCGCGCACCGGCUGGCGGUCGGAGGGAGACGGGGCUCAAACAACCGUCCCGGGUACGGCCGCCUGGUUCGCGCCUACGCUCCGUUCCCGCUGGCGCUCGCCUUCUUCAGCCUCGUCGCGCACAAGGAGGAACGGUUCAUGUACCCCGCGUAUCCGCUGAUUUUAACGGGUUUCGGCGCGGCGCUCAGCGCCGGUCUCGGCGUCGUCGUUCACGCCGCGAAACGGCUCGCACCCGACGGUUUCUUGGGCACCGUCGCCAGGGACAGCGUGAUGGCGACCGCGACCAUCGGCGUCGUGGGAGUCGUGGGGGUCACGGCGGCGCUGGGCGCGUCGAGAGCCGUCGCGCAGGUGCGGGGAUACGGCGCUCCGAUGUGGGCGUACCAGAGGGUUCCGCUCCUUCCGGACAACGUCAGCCCCGUCGGCGUGUGCGUCGGCGGGGAGUGGUACCGGUUCCCGAGCUCGUUCCACUUCCCCCGCGGGGACUACGAACUGCGGUUCGUCGACUCCGGGUUCGGAGGCGCGCUCCCGGUGCCCUUCGUCGGAGGUAAGGGGGGAACUAAGUACGCGCCCCCCGGUCUCAACGAUAAAAACGCCGCGGAUCCCAGGCAACGCGUGCAGUUUUCCCACCACGUGCACGGCCCUUGCGACCUCAUGGUGGACGUCGCCAUGGACGGCAGGACGCAGGCAAGGUGGGUCAUCGCGUACGAGGCGCCGUUCCUGGACGCGGCCAACUCGCCGGCGUUCACGAGGGCGUUCUACGUGCCGUGGUGGUCGGCGAAUAGGAACGCGUACGGGUCUUACCGCGUGUAUCGGCGCGUGUAG